AGUUGAUAAGAUAGCUAAUGGUGAGGAGGUACCCGAAACACCCAAGUUAACAGGUGAUUGAACACAAAAUUGAGUGCCUUGUCGGUGAUGCGUAAUAUAAAAGUGGAGCAAUGAACAGUGAUAAGUACGAAGAGGAAAUCUUCAGACUAAAUCAAAAAAUUAAAGAAUUGUUUGGCACUGCAGAGAAAGUCACCAGGGAAAACAACGCCCUGUUCAAAGAGAACAAACUGCUCAACACAGAGUGUGUAAACCUCAGGCGAGAAAAUAUGGAAAAUUCCACUAUUAAUCUCCAGCUGAGAUUAGAUCUGGAAGCAGUGACCGAGCAAAGGGAUGACCUGUAUGAAGCCAAUCAGAAGCUAAAGGUAGGGCUCAACAGGUUGUCGGAGAGAUCAAGAACUCAAGCUGAAACGAUCACUAAGAUGGAGCAUAUGAUCAAGAGCCAAACUGCCAUUAUCAAAGGUCAAGCGGCAGAAUUGAAGGAAUUUAAAUCCAGGCCUGAAAUUAUUAGGGGAUUGGCAGACCUUCCAGCCAGCAUCGCACCAAACCGCCAAUCUGACCCAGUCCUUCUUGAGCAAUUGCGUGAGGAGGUUCAUAGCCUGGAGGAGAAGCUCGACGAGGCGUACGAUGUAAUUGAGGGGUUGGAAUUCGAAUUGGAGAGUUUGGACUUCCUUGAGGCUGAGCAUGAACGCAUGGAGGCAGAAAUUGAGGCACUAAAGCGUGAGAUUCGUCACCAAAAAGACCAAAAUCAACCAGAUGAGGGAGAUGGAGCAGCAAAACCAUGUCCAAGUCAAGAUCCAGAGAAGAAACAUCGUCGUGAGAUGUUGCACAAAAAGCUAGAGGGUCUUCAUCAGAAACAACACAAAAGGGAUGAGUAGUUCUAUGUGGGUCAAUGUUUAAAAUUCUAAUUUAAGAGCAGAACAUUUUGUCUAUUUGUGAUGCAUAUUUCUAAAGAAAAUCAACCAUUACAUAGUCCUGACAUUAUACAAAUGACUAAUUACAAACUCAGAGGUUGUAGUCUCUCUAAACCUAAGUCCAUCCCGAAUGAGGUGGUUUAAUCCCUAGUGAUACAAAAUUAGUUAUGAGAUUUUAUCACAGAUUGUAUAGCGCAAUUUUAUCAAUUUGCAAUGAUUUUAUGUGUCUCUCUCUCGGUCUCUCCUGGCAAUCCACCUUCAGUUAUUCAGGUACUUUGCUGUCCAAUCAGUCCUAAUGUUGGAAUUGUUGUUUUCCCUCUUGCUGACACCACCUUCAAAACCUUUAUCCCCCGCAGCAUGGGGAGAGAGAGAGAGAUGAAAAGUGUUUUGGGAAUUAGUAUGAAAUUCGGAUGAGUAAUAAAUCAUGCUAAUACUUAUAUCACGAACAAUCCAACUUAGACUUUUACCAUCGUUUAUCCUUCCACUCUCCUCCCACGGGAAGGCCUUUACGCCCCCAUUGAUAUGGUAUUCAUUGGGCACAUUCGUACGGAAAGGUUGAUGAUUCAAGAAGGACCUGGAAAUGAGAUAAGAAUUAAUUUGAUAGGUUUGCCCAGGGAAAAUGGCAAUAGGAGUAAAAGGCAUAUGGUAUUCCCACUUGUUUCGAUUGUUGACCACAAAUUCUUGGUGAUGAUUGGAAUAGUGACUCCUCUUGGUCGCACUACGUCCAUCAUCCUCCUCAAAUAGCCCAUUCAGCAUGAGAUUAUUGCGAUAGCUGUUGGAUUUGGCAAGUGGAACAGUGUUGGGAUAUUUCGAUCCACUGCUGUCCUUCCCCAAGGAAACCGUUCCAAAUAAAUCCUCCAGCUUAAUCGACGACAGAGGUUUCUGCUGAUAAUCCCCUCGAACUCUCUUUGUGUUUAUCUUGCUCCUUUUGUGUUAUUUUUUUUUGUGUGUGGGGAGGAUGUUCGUGUCCGAAAAAGAUGGAAUUACAUACAAAAUAGACACUUAACUAUCACAAUUGUGGGAAAAAUAGAAGAAACAAAAAGGAAGGAAGCAAUUAUGAUCAUUUUCAUUGGGAAAUUCACAAUGUCAAUCAAUAAUUGGUGCAUAAAGACCAAUUACAACCAAUAUCCACAGACUUUAGCUUCAAAUCAUCUUGCUGAAACAUCCUAUAUUGGGGAUUUUCCUUAUUCACUACUUUCUGCAUUUAGUACCACGUACAAUCCUACUUUCAUAUCGAUUUCCUCCCCGAUAUAUAGCAUCUCUUUUGGUAAAUGCCCUGGGUCGAGGGGUGAGCAGCUGCAUCACAAUUUCGACAUACACAAAUUUUAUGCACACAUAGAAUCUAAUUUUAAGCUGUUCAAAUCUUUUACAGACCAUCAUGUUUAAUUUAGAACCAUAUGCUCGACAAUUUGAUAUAUCUUCCUGAAUAUCUUGAGGAUUUCUAUAUGAGAAAAUAGGGAUUAAAAUUAUAACUACCUUGACCUAAAAGGAACUACAUGGUAUGAACUUCUCAAGAGUAAUUACUUAUGAUCAAUGUUUUCAUAUGAAUGCACAGCUUUUCCACAACAUUUUAUCACGAAACCAGACCACAUACUACAUAAAAUUAAUUAUUUAGGGUCAAAUAAAAUUGUUUACUUGUAGCUUUUGGAUGGUUUGUUUAAGUGCACUUUCUAAUAAUUUUAAUGCAGAAGAAUACUAAUUAAAAAGUUUUCGUAUUUUUUCAAGAACACGAGACAUUGAGCCUUAUUCUGUUAUUCCGGCAAAUGGUUAAGAAAAAAUAGGGUAAUGUAAAUAUUUUUGUCGCUUUAAACUUUUGUAAUGUUGUAAAUUUUGUAAUUAUUUUAUUAAAAUAAAAUUUUAUAUAGAUAUGCUUUGAAGUAACUUUGAAGCACUUCUCAAAA